AAACAAAAAUUGAAUCCACAAGGACCAAAAUCGGAAAUAAACAAAACCUCUAACCAAAAACUAUGGAAUGAGAGAGAAAUUGUGUAGCAUUUGGGAUUUUGGGCUUUUGGCGAUGGAACAGAACGAGACUCUUCAGCGAUGGAAGAGAUCCAAUGGGCAACAACAGUUCAUUAUACUCCAAAUCUCGGCCCAAAUUUUGUUACCCUCUUCAGAAAACUUCCCGGGUAAGCCAUUUCCGUACUCUCUCUCAAUUUGGCGCCUUUGAAUUUCUUAAAUUCCCUCCACCAUUUUUCCCCACUCGCUUCGUUUCUGCAAUUUGCAAAAUUCUCCUGGUUCUGGUUGGCAAGGCAUCGCUUUGAAGUGAUUAUUUUUCUCCGUGGGGCAGUGGUGUAAUCCAAUCUCUGAAAAUGGAGCGUCAAAGAAACCAGAAGCCCUCGGAGGAACACGAAGAGGCCGAGGAGAUACAGCACGGCCCUUUUCCCGUAGAACAGCUUCAGGCAUCGGGUAUCGCCUCAAUUGAUGUGAAGAAGCUUAAAGAUGCUGGUCUGUGCACGGUUGAAUCCGUUGCUUACUCUCCCAGGAAAGAACUGCUUCAAAUCAAAGGCAUAAGCGAGGCCAAAGUUGAUAAAAUCAUUGAAGCAGCUUCCAAGAUAGUGCCUUUGGGUUUUACUAGCGCUGGCCAACUCCAUGCUCAGAGGCUCGAGAUCAUUCAGUUAACAUCUGGGUCAAGGGAACUUGACAAGAUUUUAGAAGGAGGAAUUGAGACAGGAUCCAUUACUGAAAUCUAUGGGGAGUUCCGUUCUGGGAAAACUCAGCUUUGUCACACGCUCUGUGUUACCUGCCAACUUCCUUUGGAUCAAGGUGGAGGAGAGGGAAAGGCGAUGUACAUUGAUGCCGAGGGAACAUUCAGACCGCAGAGACUCUUACAGAUUGCAGACAGAUUUGGACUCAAUGGUGCUGAUGUCUUGGAGAAUGUGGCCUAUGCUAGAGCAUAUAAUACCGACCAUCAGUCGAGGCUUUUGCUGGAAGCUGCUUCAAUGAUGGUGGAAACGAGGUUCGCUCUCAUGAUAGUCGAUAGCGCUACUGCCCUCUAUAGAACGGAUUUCUCAGGAAGGGGAGAACUUUCCGCUCGACAAAUGCAUCUAGCAAAGUUCUUAAGGAGUCUCCAAAAGUUGGCAGAUGAGUUUGGUGUGGCUGUAGUCAUCACAAAUCAAGUGGUUGCACAAGUAGAUGGUUCAGCAAUCUUUGCAGGACCUCAAAUUAAACCAAUUGGUGGAAACAUUAUGGCUCAUGCUUCUACAACGAGGCUUGCUCUAAGGAAAGGAAGAGGGGAGGAGCGCAUCUGUAAAGUGAUAAGUUCUCCUUGUUUAGCUGAGGCUGAAGCGCGGUUUCAGAUUUCGGCCGAAGGGGUUACCGAUGUCAAAGAUUGAUGAGUGAUCCCUUUCUUUCAACAUGGCUUCCAAUUCCAUGUAUAGGCUCAUUGGGGCUUUGUUCAUUGCAUCAUGUUUUCCCCAAGCCAUUAAGACUACACAAUGGCUUGCUUUUGUUUCAUCCUCAUCAAUGCAAUGUGUCUUGAAGGCAAAGGCAAAUAUCUUGUUAAAUGGCUACUCAUGAUAUUUUUAAAUUACUUAGUUAUUUAUGUUGAUAAAUUUUAAUUUCAUAAAGAAUCUAAUAUAUAUGUAUGUAUGUUUAAAUGCAUUAUGACCAAAUCAUCUUAUAUAUUGCAAAACAACAUUAUUGGGAUAAGCUCUCUGCCUGAUUUUAAAAAAAUGCGUACUUAGAAAGUUCUCAACAAACUUGGAGGAUAAUUCUCGUUCAACUAUAAAUCCAAUAACCCAAUUAAAUUAGAAAACAUUUCUAAAAUUUUUUAGGACAUCUCGAACCAAAUAGGACACAGACAAGCAACUUGAUAGACUUUUAUUGUUCAUAAAUAGUAGUAUAGAGAUUGGAACAUUCGUGGUUUAUUUUUGUACUGGGUGAGUAAUUUUUUUCUAGUUCAAGUACAAUAAAUAUCAAAAUAGUUAUGUCCUUAAGAAGUUGGACUAAAAUGGACAUUUUUAAAGCGUAAAGACCAAAAUGGUAAUUUUUGUAAAAUGUGGGGACUAAAAUGAAAGUUCAAGUUAGAAUAAAACCUACAAAAUGAGAUUCAAAUAAUUGAAAAAGAAAGGGUAAGAGGAUCACAUUCUUGGUUUUCACAGGUAAGGCUUUCCUAAACCUCACACAUAUUACAAGAGAUUCUUCUCU